AUGUAUGGAUGUGCGUGUUACGGAGAUGCAUUAUUUGUCGAUUUACCCAGAAUACGUUUGGAUGGAGGUGCAAAAGCAUUUAGACAAAGAUGGGGCUACGAAGUUAGUCCUCCUCCAACGCUUAUGGAAGUCGAAGAAGAAGAUGAUGAAGGACGUGAAUGUGGUGGCAAUGGAGAAGGAGAAACCGUAUCGUUGAGAGAUGAUGGAAACGCUCCGACUAUGUCACCCUUAGAUGUCACUAGUAUAUUAGUAAUAUAA